AUAUGCGUGGCCCACAGUGGCGCGCAGCCUGUGUCCAAUCACAGCUGAUUGCAUGUAAAUAAGGAAAUGCCGGUUAUUGUCAUUUCUCUUGUCACGAGCUGACAGCUUACAGUGUGCCUGAUGAUCAGUGUAGUCCCAUCAGUGCCACAUGUCAGUGUCCAUCAAUGCCAGCUGUCAGUGCUCAUCAAUGCUACCUGUCAGUGCCACAUCAAUGCCACAUAUCAGUGCCUACCAGUGCACAUCAAUGCCACAUAUCAGUGCCCAUCUGAGCUGCCUUUCAAUGCCAGCUAUCUGUGCCAGUCAGUGCCAUAUAUGAGUGCUGCCUAUCAGUGCCACCUACCAGUGCCUCCUCAUCAGUGCCGCCUAAAAAUGCCCAUCAGUGCAGCCUAUCAGUGCCCAUCACUGCAACCUUAUUAGCGCACAUCGGUG